CUGAAAAAUUCCCCAUUUUCCCCAUUCGGGCUUACUCCCUGUAACAUCAGCUGAAGCAGAUUCUGUGCUAUUUAUGGGAAUUUUUAAGUCACUCCUAUUUUUAAGGACAGUCCCAUUCCUAUGCUCCCGCAACGCCUUCGACUGCUAACGUGGAGCCGAAAUACCAAUGAACGAACAUCUGCCCACAACCCUCAACGUCUCGUCUUAGCUAAUCUUUUGCGCCACCAGUACUUGCCGCGCACGCGAAAUCACGAAAUCACGUUCCAUCGAAAGUAUCUAACUAGCGCCUACACUAGUAUAUCUCUCUAGACAAAGCAUUCUGCAUACAUAUGUACACAUGCACACUGAAUGUAAGCAUCGGUGUAUAGGCCUAUGUAUGUAUGGAAUGUAUGUAACUCUGUGCACAUAUCUGAACGCGCCGUUGUUAUUCGUGUAUUCCAAAGCGUAUCGUUCACUGCAAGUGCGGUUUUGUAAUAAAUAAACACGCGAGCUUCGCGUACGUCACACCUUCGUCUCACAAAUACUCGUACCACCACGAUCACCACCUCGCGCAUUAGGCACGGAGCUCGUUGUCGGCGUUGCAUUGCGCCGGAGGCGCUCACUGACGUCGCCGAUGUGGUUGCGCCGUCGUCUCAAAGUUGCUGCUGUAAAGCGCACAGAAGCAUUGCUAACACUUUUUUCUGUUUUUGUUGUUAUCGUGCGACUGUUUAUUUUAUUGUUGUUGCCGCGUUUGCUAUUCUCCUUGUAUCAUCGAACGCCUAUAUUUGUUUUUUGUUUUUGUUGCCUUCACAUACAAAUGUAUUAUACAUGGAUGUCUGUAAUAAUGUUAGUUUGUUUUUUUUUUAAUUUCAUUUUAAGUUUUUGUUUUUGUUUUCUUUGAAAUUGUUUUUUUCGCUUGUGUUAUCUUUUGUGUUUCAGUUUCUUCUUAGCAGCGCCAGCGACCGGCAAUAGCAGCACAGCUGAGCGUGUUAAAGCGUUUGAGUUGAAUAACUCACAAGUGUCGUGGUCAUCGUGGUUGUCGUAGUCGAAAGUCGUCGUUCAACAGAUGAAAAAAAUAUUGUUAAAGAAAAUUGUUUUAAUAAAAGAUAUUAUUGCGGCCAUUUAGACUGUAAAUAUGCGGUUUUGUGGUGAAAGAGUGUGUUUGUGUGUGCAGAUUUCUUAACCACACUGUGUUUUACUUAAAUAACAUCAACAGUGAUACCAAAAAUUUAUCCAUCAAAAGCAGGCAAAAAUAAUUACACAAAAAUGUAUCUGAAAACAGUUGGGAAGUCGUAUUGAAGAAAUGAGCAGCCACACAUACAUUCGUAGACACACAUAUAUGUGUAUGUGUGUGUACGUAUAGUGAGCUUGUGCCGCUAAGAAAAUAUUUAUGCAUUUGCUGAGACACUUUUUUGCGUUUUGUAUUUAGCUGUUUGCACACUGCUGAGAGCAUUUGUGUGCUUGUAGCGCAAGAGCAAUGCGUUCCCUUACGCUCUGCCACUCUUCUUCUUCAAUAUACUGAAUCUGUGCGCCUCUCACACUCGUGAUUUGAUGUGCAGUUGUUCAAGUGCAAUAAAUUAAUUUGUGACUUUAAUUGUUUCGAGUGAAACAAAAAAAAAAAAACCAAAAGUUUUAAUUGAACCGCAGACCAAAACAAAACGGCAGGCUUGAGUUUGUGACUGAUACAGUGCAGUGCAUAAGAAAUAACAAAUAACAACACAACACAAAAAUUAUUUUUUAACAGCAAAAAAAUAAAACAAAAAUUAAAAUAAAAAAUUAUUAAUAAAUGUAAUUCAAAUGUAAAGAAAAACAACUGUUUUGUGCGCAUACGUGCUUAAACAAAUAAGCACCUAAACAAAAACAAAACAGAAAUAUGAGAAAUCAACAGGUGCAACCAAAAGAAGUAGUUUAAUUGCAGAAAAAUGUGACUGGCAAAUGCAGAGCUGAUGAAGGGAAUAAAUGAGUAGCAGCUAGAAUAACCAAAUAACCAAAACGAAAACAAAAAUUAAGAAUAAAAAAUAAAAUGAAGUAAAAACAAAGAAUUAAAAAAAAACAAUUAAUAUAUAUGAACUAAGGAAUGCCAUAGAAAAUAAUUAUGAAUGGAAAUUUAAUCAAAUAAUGCACUUAGACUUCAAAAUAACUCGAAAUAUAUAAAAAUAUGCCCACAUGCAUAAAAAAUAACUAUUAAGUGAAGCAGGUGAAGAAGUGAAUAGUGAAAAUAAAUAAUAAAUAAACGAAUUAAUAUAUUAUACAAUAGUAGUGAAUAAGCAAAAACAGAAAUUAUUAAAAAAGGUUUUUGAAGCUAGUAAAAUAAUAACAAAUUCUUCUAAGCACCAGAAGGCAAGAUUAAUAAUUUGUUAAAAAUUCCUGUGAAUCGCUGCAAAGGUGAAAUAAAUACAUAAAUGCAAAGUAUUUAAAAAUAACUGCAUAUACAAAUUAUUUUCUCGGACAAAUGUGUAAAUAAAAAAAUACAUAAAAAAUUACAGUGAAAGUGCAUAUUCGAAAAAUUGUAUAAAUUAGUAAGAGAAAAAUUUAUACAAAAUUUCUAUUGAAACCGUUUCGAAAUAUUUCUAUUGAAAUAUUCGCACAUUGCUAGAUAUAUGCAUGCAUUUAUGUGCAAUUACUCGAAUUUAUUGUGAAAAUUGUUGGCAAAUAUUUUUAUAAUGCAACAUUUUGCAACAGACACACUUUAAAGUGACUGAAAAGGCAGGGAACAGCAUCUACUGGGCAAUUGAGUAGAAAGCGGGAAUACUAAUUUGGACUGACUUUUAACGCGAACUUUUGUGUUCAGCAACGGCAACAAGCAGCAGUCAAGCGCAAGCCAACAAAGCAGAGAAUAUGCAGUGGAAAACCACGACAGCAUACCGAAUUGAAUGAAUGGUUUACGAGAAAAAUUUAAAUUGAAAAGGGAAACAGGCGUUGGAGAGAGAUAGUGGAAAAAGGUAGCAGAAAAAAGUAAUAAAAUACUAGCAAAAAAAAAAACAAAAAAAAGGAUUUGAGAGAGAUAUGAUAUGCCUGGUGCGUGGUCACGAAUUUUAAGAAAAAAUAUAAGCAUCACUGCUGUUCACCACUAUAAAAAAAUGCCGCAACUAAUUUGACUGAUUAACUUGUAAGCAAAAGAAGAAAGGAACGCACAUGAACAUAUCAAAAAACGCCAAAAUAAAUAUGUUUGCAUACAUGCAGCUCAUACACAAAAUUGGUUCUUAAUUAAUCAAUGCAGCAGAGGAGUAAAUGUUGCAUAUCGCACACGCCCUCGCGCACACUGACAAAUAGCGUAAAGUGCAACUGAAAUAGACGACGCAAUAAGAAGAGCGGUUAAUUGGCAUCCGCUGCACUUCCAUUUGACUUUGUCACUGCACCAGUUCUUGGAGAGCUUAACAAAAAUGGGCUGCUCACCGAGCACUUUGAUGUCAUCCACUAGUCACGAUGACGAUGAGACGCAUGCAGCAGUAGACACACAGCUGAGCGGUGCUGGCACUGCUCUUGCUGCAGCUGGUGAUAGUGGCGGCGGAGGUGGCGAAAAGGAGAGUAGUCUGUUCUUUUGCAUAAAGUUGCGCCGUUCACGUCCGCUGCGUAGGUGUAGUCAACAGAAUGGCGGCGGUGAUGGCAGUGCGGGGAGUGGUGGAACCGGUAGCGCCAUCAACGCUGACGAUCUACUCGGGCAUGGUACUAUGUGUAAUCAGGCAUUACUCAAUCCAUCGCAGACCAAGAACGAGGCGGACUAUGACAAGAUGUGCAGCGGCAAAAAGGAUUCCAUCGUCACCGUCGCUGCGUUGGGCAAUUUCACACAUACAGUGGUGCGGCGUGCAACAGGCAGCACUGGUUCAUCGGGCCAAAGAAAAUCAUCUAUUGCAUUAACACCUGAAGAUGAAUCAAUGGAGCGAUCUCUCAUGGACGUGAAAUUUCCAACCGUAUUACCACCGAAUCCCCAACUUAAGGCUUUAUUGGUUUUCCACAAGUCGGACAAUAUCUGCGAAGUGGUGACGGAGGCAUGCCAUCGACAGCAACUCGAUGUGACGGUGGCGCGCACAAAAGAGGGUGCCCUCGAGACUUUGUCCAGCACAAGUGAGGAGUUUUAUCAUUUGAUUAUAAUUGAUGCACGCUCCACAAAGCAUUUGGAUGCUGAGUAUAUAGCCAGAUCCAUACGCCAUACAAAAGGUCAUCAUUUUACGACAAUAAUUGCUGUGGUUAAAAAGAGUUUCUUUGAAAAGGAUGAUGUCCUAAUCGCACUAUUAGACGCUGGCGUUAAUAGGUGCGUUCCCGAGACCACAAAUCUUUCAAUGUGCAGCAUUGAGCUAAAACAAAUCCUGCAUUCAAUCGUACGACCACACAAUGUCAUGUCAACCCAGCAAGCCCUCUACACUGCGCUGCAUCGGCUGAAGGAAGUUAUCCUCAUCACAGACAACCACCUACGCAUACAGUAUGCCAAUCGGGCGGCCGAACGUUUGCUGAAUAUGCGACUGGACGAAAUAAUUAGCAAGCCAUUGACGGAUAUUUUCAUUACCGAUGUCUCAUCAUUUAUGAUGCAAAGCCGCAAGAAUAAAGAAUUCGAUGAGAUAUUGACUGUGCGGCGCAAGGGACAGGAGGAUGUUUCAAUGCAUAUACGUGUCAUACAAGUGGCAUGCAUAGGCAGAACACCCACACACUUUGUCUUUAAUCUCGAUGUACCUGGAUCACAUGGUGAUUUUGUCGCCACACUACCACAAGCCAGAGAAGCACCACGCGGUUCACAGCACUCCAUACGCCGUGGCAGUGUCGAUGUGCGUUCUGUGGCAUCCGAUGGCUUACGGCGUACCAGUCUGGCCAAGUUGACAUCACUACCGCUGGAGGCGCCCAUUACAAAAAUAAUCAAUUUACUCUCCCAAGUACAGGAGAAUUGUUCGCCGGACGAGGCACGGCUCAUCGAUAAAGUGAUGGAGUUCUUAAAGCGUGAAGGACUUUAUAGUCCACAAAUGAAGGAAAUACGCACAGAUGAUCCAAUAGCCACUGAUCUAAUCGGAGCGCUGUUGACGGGGCCAAGUCUAUAUUCAUCACGACGCAGUUCAAAUGACUCUAUCAUACGCGUAACUGGGCGCCAAUCCACUAGUAUGCCUGCCAAAAUGAAGGCCACUCCACACAUAAUGGAACUACUUGAAGAAUCUCUUAGUUGGGAGUUUGAUAUUUUCAAACUCGAAGAAAUUACCGAAAAGCGGCCACUCCUCUAUUUGGGCAUGGAAAUGUUCCGGCGUUUCAAUGUCUUCGCCACGCUUAAUAUCGAUGAGAAUGUCUGCAAGAGUUGGCUGGCCGUAAUCGAGGCCAAUUAUCAUGCGAAUAAUUCAUAUCACAAUAGCACACACGCCGCCGAUGUCAUGCAGGCCACCGGCUGUUUUCUCACUCAGCUAGCUGCCAAAGAUAUGGGCAUGGACCAUACCGAUGAGGCCAUCGCGCUAAUUGCUGCCGCCGCACACGAUAUCGACCAUCCAGGCCGCUCUUCGGCGUUUCUAUGCAAUUCGCGCAAUGCCCUAGCGCUACUGUACAAUGAUCUGUGCGUCUUGGAGUCGCAUCAUGCUUCAAUUACCUUUAGGCUUACAUUAAGUGAUGACAAAAUCAAUAUAUUCAAGAAUUUAGACACUGAAAGCUACAAAUCGGUACGCAGCGUUGUGAUUGACAUGAUUUUAGCUACAGAAAUGACGCGGCAUUUUGAACAUCUGGCCAAGUUUGUCAGCAUUUUCGGCUCGGAUGAGGAACCCAAGGAUAUCGUACAAUCAGAAGAGGAGAGUUCCAUUCUCAUACGUCGCAUGAUGAUCAAAGUGGCGGAUGUGAGUAAUCCGUCGCGUCAACCAUCCUAUUGUGUUGAAUGGGCGCGACGUAUUGCCGAAGAGUACUUCACUCAAACCGAUGAGGAGAAGGCGAAGGCUUUGCCAAUUGUUAUGCCAAUGUUCGAUAGAAAUACGUGCAGUAUACCUAAGAGUCAGAUCGGUUUCAUUGAAUACAUUAUACAGGAUAUGAUGCACGCAUGGGAUAGUUUCAUCGAUAUGCCUCAAUUGGUUACCUAUAUGCAGAUCAAUUACUCGCAAUGGAAGAAAUUCGAAGAACAAGGUGUACACACACUUGCGGACGUUAAAAGCAAACAGCAUAGUUUGAGUGUGAAGAAGAGUGCCAAAUAGCAUUUGGCAUUCAAGAGGUUGUUCUCAGGACUAUUAAAACCACAGCCGGUCCAGCCUCCAUGUGCGAUGACGAUUGGCGAAAAUGAAAUGGAAUAUUGCUUGCAGAAAUAAAGUACAUAGAACAAGAGCAGAAGAGUUGAAAUGAAAUGAAAUGAAAUUGAAAACAUGGAGGAAAAGGAGGUGAAAGAGAAUUGGCGCAAAUUUAAACGCACGCAAGAAAGAGGAAGGAAUGUACAGCUAACGAGAUCAACGGGUAUUGAGAUGUCAUAAAUAUACAUACAUAUUUAUGAAUUAUUGGCGAAUCUGUAGCUCAAUGUACAUGUAUAUGUGCCGAAGAGCUAAAAAUGUAAGGUGCAGCUAACAGAUAGUUUCGUACGCGAAGAUGGCAUAACUGAAGAAAUCUCUUAAUUGUACUCAACGCAAAUGCCACGCUUUAAGCCGCCUGCAGAUUCUGGAAUUUCAAUAAUGGCUAAUAACAACUAAUAGAGGUAUUCACUGCGCACGGCAAUUAAGCACUUUAGAAAAUUCUUAAACUUAUUUUUAUUAGUUUUAAAGAGACGAACUGAAAAGGAAUUUUACAAAAAGUUGCCACUGGCUAUUUUGUAUUUCAUAUAAAGAGCUCUUGAAUAUAUUUUGCAGCACAGGCAAAAGUUACAAUUGCUCAGCUUAGUGAAUACUGCUGCUAGUUAGUUGAUAAGGAGAGUGAAAAAUCUAAAACAAAAAAAAAAAAAAAACAAAUACAAAAAAAAAGAAAUAAAAUAGUAUAUAUAUUUGCACAGAGAGUAACCGAUACGAUUGCGCCGGCACCGGCUGUACAGCACACACACACAAAGCUAUCUAUAAUAAUGUUCAUUUUUCUUGGGCUGGACUCAAAAUUUAUAAUUUCUCAAAACAAAAAAAAACAAACAAA